UGCUUUCACGAAUUCGGGUCUAUACGCGUACAUGUAGUAGUGGAAGUAAUAAUAAUAAUAAUAAUAAUAAUAAUAAUAAUAAUAAUAAUAAUAAAGAGCAAGGAAACCAAACAGAUGUACUCGCAAUGCUCGUGUCAGGAGCUCUAUGCUUCGACUGACGGGUAUCGAAUGGCAAAGACACCACAACCCCCAAAAAAAGAGAAUAAAACAAAAAACUCCAUGCGAUCCCAGAACCCAGCCCUAUAUGCAAAUGCAGAUCGUGUCACCAUGUCUCUUGUCAUGCCCCAAAACUGUUCAACCAAGACGCCGAAACUUGCUCAGAUGCUGUGUCAAUGUCAAACAAACCUCCACUCAAACAAAACUUGCCCCCUUUGCUUCCGUCUAUUUCUCUGCUUUCUUUCUUUUUAUCCUUCUUUGUCUUCUUUCUUCUCCUCCUUCUUCUCCUUCUUCUUCUUUUUCUUCUUUUUUUCGGGGUUUUUUUCUUUUUUCUUCCCUUGAGAAGGGAAACAGGUCAGAUAACAAUACACAACC